AUGGCCUCCCCCACCGCGCCGUCGCCGAUGGCAGCGGAGCAGGCGGCCAUCACUCCGCAGGCGUCGCUCGAGGAAGUAUAUGUUCGGCUUAACACGCAGCUGCUGCUGCACCUGCAGCGUCGCGACACCGCUGCAGCGCUGCGCACGGCGGAAGGCAUGCGUGACGUGCUUCUCAACGCGCGAUCGUCGACCGCACAACGCAGUGACGGCCCAGGCCGUGGUGGCGGGGUCGCGGGCCCGCCAUCUGGCGCAGACCUCUUUCACGGCAGCCCGGCCGAGCAGCUUUUGCAACUGCGAGGCCAGCUGAACGUGCCGGCGUCCGCAGAGUCCACGCGUGCGAGCGACGAUGCCGGCUUGCAUGAAGCCAGCGGGCCACAAUCGGCGUCAUCAGAGACGAGUAGCGGCAGCAGCACUGUCGAAUCGAGCCGCGAUGACGACGGCGACGACGAGACGGAUGAGGAAGAGCUGGUUAGCAACUCCGAGAUCGACGACGAUACAGAAGAAACAGAAGAGGUAACGAUGGUGGGCAGCAGCAGUGGCCCACGGCAGCAGCAAGCGGCUGCCCGCCUCCUCGCGGAAGCACUGCAAUCGUGGUCGAAAGCGUCCAUGAAAGCCGCUUGUGCCUCUCCAGCUGGUGCAUCCUCUGCUUUCAGUGUUGUGGCUGCGGCAGCCUCCUCGUCAGCGACAGUGCGGGCAAAGAGGCGUGCGAGUAAGCCCGGGGCACUUCAACCCCGCCCCCCGCCACCACGCCACAAGGCACAUGACAAAGGCCAAGCCAACACCAGUGUGGAAGAGGCGGGGCGAGGCCCGACGAUGCCGAGCGCAUCAUCACCGUCACCGCCGCUACCCGGAGAAGAGGCCGCUUGCGAUGAGGACGACGAGGGUCUCGACGCAGAAGCAGAUGCCGUGUGGGUGCAGAUGCAGGCCCAGGUGGUUAAGGAGAUGGAUCGGCUUGCCAUAGUGCGCAAGCACCGGUAA